UACGGCCCGUGUUCGGCAGAGCAUUGGCCGUCGAUCAUGCCACGUGUCAUCACCACAGCCGCGGGAUUUCAGCUGCUCUGUUUAGCCACCUCCUCGGUCGGGAGCACCUUCUAGAAGUCCGUUGCAGCAGUUGCUGGGCUUCUAUGACCAGCAAGCAUCGUCCACUGUACGGACAUCUCCAUCGUCAGCUCCUCCCCGCGCCGCCGGCCUCCACCCCCGCCGCCGCCGGCGUGACAUGGAACACACGACUCAGGGAGCUCUCGAAGCAUGGCCAGUUCUCGGAAGCUCUCGCCCUCUACCGACAAAUGCUCCGCUGUGGAGGGUCCCCCAAUGCCUUCACCUUCCCCUUCGCUCUCAAGUCCUGCGCCGCACUAUCGCUUUCCAUCCCUGGAGUACAGCUCCACGGCCACGUCAUCAAGACAGGCUGCGGACCCGAGCCGUUCGUGCUAACUUCCUUGAUCACCAUGUACUGCCAGUGCAACCUCAUCGGCAGUGCGCGGAAGGUGUUCGAUGAAUGUCCUCAGGGGAACCUUACAGUGUGCUAUAAUGCCCUCACAUCUGGGUACGCGUUCAAUUCUCGAUUCUUGGACGCUGUUGCACUGUUUUGCCAAAUGAGGGAGUUGGGCGUGUCGUUUAAUUCAGUUACAAUGUUGGGUUUGAUCCCUGCCUGUACUCUCCCUGCACAUUUGAGCGUUGGGAUGUCCCUUCACAGUUGCAUCAUUAAGUUCGGGCUGGACACUGAUUUGUCUGUCGGGAACUGUUUGCUCACCAUGUAUGUGAAGUGUGGAUGCAUCAAAUUUGCCAAAACUCUUUUUGAUUCGAUGCCUAAACAUGGUUUGAUUACUUGGAACGCAAUGAUAUCGGGGUAUGCUCAGAAUGGUCUUGCUAGCAAUGUUGUGGACCUAUACCAGCAGAUGAAAUCACAAGGAAUUCAUCCUGAUCCUGUGACUCUUGUCAGCGUCCUGUCUUCCUGCGCUCACCUUGGAGCCCACAGCAUAGGCCGUGAAGUGGAAAGGCAGAUAGAAUUGAGCGGUUUUGGGUCUAAUCCUUUCCUGAAUAAUGCCCUUAUAAACAUGUACUCUAGGUGCGGGAAAUUGGCAAAAGCUCUGGCCAUCUUCAAUGCCAUGCCUGAGAAGACUGUUGUUACUUGGACCGCUAUUAUUAAUGGAUACGGAAUGCAUGGACAAGGAGAAAUCGCCACUCAACUCUUUGAUGACAUGAUUAGGAGUGGGGUCAGACCUGAUGGAGCAGCAUUUGUAUCUGUCUUGUCAGCUUGCAGCCAUGCUGGUCUGACUGAUAAGGGAUUGGAGUAUUUUGAAGUAAUGAAGGAGAAGUACAGUUUGCGUCGAGGCCCAGAACACUAUUCCUGCGUGGUGGAUCUCUUAGGUCGGGCAGGGAAAUUGGCUGAAGCCUUUGAUCUCAUUAGGUCGAUGAAGGUGGAACCUGAUGGUGCGGUGUGGGGUGCCCUUCUUGGUGCUUGCAAAAUCCAUAAAAACGUUGAGCUAGCAGAGCUGGCAUUCAAAAGGGUCGUCAAACUGGAACCUGAAAAUAUUGGCUACUACGUGUUGUUGUCGAAUAUAUAUAACGAAGCUGGGAAUCUAGAGGGUGUGUUGAGGGUUCGAGUGAUGAUGAGAGAUCGAAAACUGAGAAAGGAGCCAGGAUAUAGUUAUGUGGAGCACAGGGGUGAAGUUCAUCUCUUCAUUGCUGGGGACAGAAGUCAUCCUCAGACAGAGGAAAUAUACAGAAUGCUCCAUAAGCUGGAAAGUUUAGUGGAAGGGCUUCAUGAUCUUAAGGAGAAUGAAAUCAGCGGCAUGAGUGUUCACAGUGAAAAGUUGGCAAUUGCAUUUGGGAUCUUAAACAGUGAGCCAAACAUUGAGAUUGUUGUGAUAAAGAACCUGAGGGUGUGUGGAGAUUGCCAUUCAUUCAUAAAGUCCGUGAGCAAGGUCUUGGAUCGCCGGUUUGUCGUCAGGGACGCAACUCGUUUCCACCAUUUCAGUAAUGGCAUCUGCUCUUGUCGAGAUUACUGGUAAUACCAGCUAAAGUUUCUGAUUAAUUUAAAGUUUCAGGUUAUGGAUUUUUUUUUUAUAAUUAUUAUAUAUUCCUUUCUGAUGAGUUUGUGUGUUGCUAUUAGCCCAUUGUCAAGGAUUGUAAGUACCAGCUGCAAUGCAUUUGAAGGAGCAUACUUCUGUUUCUGUA